GCGGUGGUAUCAUUCACUAGCAUAAAAUUUGUUGUAGGAGUGCGCGGUUUAAAGACAAAACGUUGCAUUUUAACGAAUUUAAUUGUAAUAUAUUUAAUAUUUUUUAUAAUAAAAUGUACAAUAAUCUAUAGUAUCUAUAAUAUUAAUGAAAUUUCGGUAUAGACAAUAAGUAUUGUCGUGUCGUUACGGAACGUUUGUGACAAAGUUGAAAAUCAGUGAGGUUAUAAAUUACAAACAUUUCAUGAAAUAAAUGGAUUCAGCGCCAGCACAAGAGGUAACUGAGCUGCUGAGACAAUGGGAGGAGCAACAUGCAACACCCAACUUCGACCCGAUACCGACUUUGACGAGGAUAGCAGAGAUAAUAGAAGCAGAAACAGAGAACUUUAUGAAGAAAGAUCCGGAUCCAUUCGAUGAGAGGCACCCGUCGCGUACUGACCCCGAGUGCGCGCUUGGACACGCCCUCAAAGUUAUGUUCAAGAAAGACAACUUUAUGACUAAGCUCGUGAACGACUAUGUACGGGACACGUACUACUCACGGCAGAAUAUCACUGGCCGUGACGUGCACAAACUGAACGUGGCCGCCUGCAGACUGACGCUCGACCUCAUGCCUGGACUCGAGAUGAGCGUCGUCUUCCAGGACAACGAGGCUCUGAUCCACCGGCUGGUGAACUGGGCGACUAACUCUGUGGAGCCGCUCCAGUGUUACGCCACCGGGCUACUCGCCGCCGCAAUGGAGGUGCAGGAGAUCGCCACGAACUUUAGGGAUUUAAACGCAAUGCUAGUACCGCUAAUGCUUAGGAGGCUACACGCUUUAAGAGAGGACAAGCAGAAUAACCAGAAUGCAGUGACGCCGCCGAAUCAGACGCGACACUUCGCUCGCUUCGACAAGAAGAGAAAUAGUGACAUUAAAUGCAACGGACCUAGUAAAGAAAAGAAAGAUCGUGCCAAAGACGAGGGCGGUGGGGGAGAUAUGUUAGUGGACGAGUCGCCCCCGCAGGCCAGCAGAGACCCCGAGACCCCAGUCAAAAAUUUCAGUAGUCCAGCAAACGCAUGCUCUCCCCCCUCGCAGUGGGGGAUGAUGUCUCCCCCCCCUCGGCCGCCGCCCCUACACCAACACGAAACAUCAUCCAACUCCAGCUGGGCGGAAAUGGAAACAUAUGUUAUAGGUAAUAUACAAAUUCACCCUCCGACGGACGCCACCAAACAGAUGCUUAUACUCCGGUAUCUCACACCCAUGGGAGAAUAUCAAGAGUUCCUAUCACACGUGUUCGAGCAGAACGCUCUAGGUUUGAUCCUUGGCUACCUGAACGUGCGCGAGUCCAGGGACUCUCGGCUCGCGUUCGAAGCGCUCAAGUACCUCGCCGCUCUGCUUUGCCACAAGAAGUUUUCCAUUGACUUCAUUAACAUGGGAGGGCUACAGAAAUUCCUGGAAGUGCCUAGACCAUCGGUGGCAGCGACGGGGGUCUCGAUAUGCCUAUACUACCUCGCGUACUGCGAGGACGCCAUGGAGCGAGUCUGCCUACUGCCGCGGAAGACCUUGGCUGAUCUCGUCAGGUACGCGCUCUGGCUUCUAGAAUGUUCGCACGACUCGGGCCGCUGUCACGCCACCAUGUUCUUCGGUCUCUCCUUCCAGUUCCGUGUCAUACUCGAAGAGUUUGAUCAUCAGGACGGGCUCCGUAAACUUUACAACGUGAUAUCGACGCUACCAAUACUGAGCGCGGAUGAGGACGAAUCGCGAGUAUCCGAGGACGAGACCUGCGCCGCGCGACAAAUCGUACGACACGUCUGUGUCGCACUAAGAAGGUAUCUAGAAGCUCACCUGCGGCUUAGAGCGGCGCAGGUCGCGAGGCAACAUGGCGACAAUGUACCCGAGCCACCUCCUUAUAAGGCUUCAAAAUCGUCUCCGGAGGAGAUACAAGAACAGAUAGAGUUACUGCAAAGCGUGGCGUGGUCCCGUUGGCCGGCGGUGGACGAGCUCCUGGAGCUGGGCGGAGUCUCCUUACUGCUGCAGGUCGUGGGAUACGCGUACGAGUGGAACUUUAACGGCAGAUCGGAGACAGUCCGGUCGGCGCUGGACGUGAUCUCAGUAUGCUGCGUGGCGCCCCGGGUACAACUUCUGUUGACUGAAAAAAUUGACAUGAGGGAUACAGAGAUGACAACCGGAGUCAACAUAGUUCUUGAUGUAUUGGCAGGCGCGGCGGACGGAGAGAUAGUGCCCGAACCCGACGUACAGAAAGCCGCGCUCAACGUGCUCGUCAACUGUGUUUGUGCGCCCGUGCAUAGAGCUGGCACAUCGACGACGCGGUUUUCAAUAACCGGUUCGAGUAAAAAGAAAACCGCACUGAAAUCGUACGAGGACCUCAUACAGAAAGUUUGGGAGAGUGUGCGAACCAAUAAUGGGAUUAUGGUGCUCCUCUCGCUAAUGAUGGUGAAGUCCCCAAUAACGGACGCGGACAGACUGCGCGGGCUGGCGUGCCGCGCGCUGGCCGGCCUGGCGCGCUGCCCCACCGUCCGACAGAUCAUAUCCAAACUGCCACUCUUCACCACCUCGCAGAUACAAGUGUUAAUGCGCGACCCGAUCCUGCAAGAAAAGCGUCAGGAGCACGUCAUGUUCCAGAAGUAUGCUCUCGAGCUGUUGGAGCGGGUCUCAGGGAAGAGCAAGCAUAUGGGGGCAGAGUUCGAGACAUCGCUAGCUAAUAUACAUCGAGCGAACGUGGUGGCGCAGACCCGCAUCAACUACAACGAGCGGCAGCUGCUGCAGCUGGUGGCGGCGCACCUGGCGGAGCGCGGGCUGCCCGCCAGCGCCGCCACGCUGCAGCGCGAGGCGCGUCUGCCGCCCCCCGCCGCGCCCGCGCCCCCGCCGCCGCCGCCGCCCCCCGUCUACACGCCCUCCACGCCCACCAGGCCGCGUCUCUCCGUGUCCCGUGCCAACAGUAGCGGUUCCCUACAUCGCGAGAGUUUAGAUCUCAACUCCUCACACACGAUGCACGUGGAUGAAGCCAGCCCACUGCCACCAGUCAUCAAGCUAAGAAAAGUACAAAAUCCGCCUUUAAAUACAGUCUCGACGCCGACGUCGGAACAUAAGAGGUCUCUGCAGAAGCAGCUGAGCGUGCCCCCCGGGGAGCCGGCCCCCAGCCAGCACCGAGUCACCCUCCACACAAUCAUCACCGAGUAUCUAUACAACCAACACUCGCUCUGCAAGAACCCAGUCGCUACGUGUCCACAGUUCAAUUUAUUCGAGCCGCACAAGUGCCCCGAGCCCCGGCGCGGCGGCGGGCUGGGCGGCGCGGGCGCGGAGCACUCGGUGCUGGGGCGCGUGGCGCGCCGCGAGCUGGGGCUGGGCGGGGCGCGCCGCGCGCACGCCCGCCUCGUGCACGCGCACUUCGCGCCCGUGCGCACGCUCCGUCUGCAGGACGACGACGCCUACUUCACGCACACGCUCUUCCACCCUACACAACAACAAUUGUUGGCGGCGACAUCGUCCGGCGACAUUCGGGUGUUCAACCUCUUCAGUGGCGUGGAAGAGAACUCCUAUCAAGUUCACGAGUCUUACAUAUACCAUAUGCAGGCGAGCAGAGACGGACUAUUACUACUAGCCUCAGCGACAACACCGUGGCGACCUCUGUCGGCAUUAUGGAAUAUGAAAGAAUUCGAAUUAUUAUUUCAACUAGACAACGAAGAGUACGUUGAAUUCUCGAAGAUGUCGGACGAGCGUAUAAUCGGCACCAAGGGCGAGACGGCGACGAUAUUCGACACGCGCACCGGCCGGGAACUGAUGACCCUAACGCCGGCCAUUAGCAAUCAGUACGCCAAGAACAGAGCUACCUUCAACCCCACUGAUGAAUUAGUACUUUCUGACGGUGUGCUUUGGGACGUUAAUACGGGCAAAGAGAUACACAAGUUCGACAAAUUAAAUCAAACUCACAGCGGCGUGUUCCAUCCGAACGGGUUAGAGGUUAUAUCAAACACAGAAGUAUGGGAUCUCAGAACUUUCCACCUACUGAGGACAGUCCCCACAUUAGACAAAUCCGAGGUAUUAUUUAAUCCAACGUGCACAGCGCUGUAUGCGGUCUGCUCCGACCAGGACGCGGAAGAAAGGAGUCAGUUCGAUACCAGUUUCAAGACAUUAGACCCUUACGACUAUUCAAGUAUAGCAACGAUUGACGUGAAACGAAAUAUAUACGCACUGGGAAUAUCGCGGUACGGAACGCAGAUAUCUAUAGUCGAGAAUAUGGGCGAGUUUGAGCAGAUGCAGGAGUCAUACGUGAAGAUAUACGACGUCGGUCGCAAGAGAGACCACGACGAUGACGCUGAGGAGGACGAUGAAGAGGAACUGGCGGGAGGAUCGGAGAACGAUGAUGGGUCAGACUCAGGUUCCGAUAACGAUGACGAUUUGGCAUCGUCUCUGUUGCGCAACGCAGUGAUGGGACUGGACGGGAACAGUUCGGGGUCGUCGUCCCACGAGGACGGGGACGCGCCGCCCCGGCGCAGAGCUCGCCGGCGACGGGUGAGUCAACCGGACGAGGAAUCGGUAAUUCGCAAUAGCUUGCUUAUCAUCAUCAUCAUCAUAAUUGGACUUAUUAACGCGAAAAGAAACCAACCUACAAUGUGGUCGAAAAUGAGCUGAUUAUGCCAAAUUAUGAUAUAUAUUAUAUCUAUGACUGAUUUUUAUUUAAAUCCCGCGAAAAUGCUCCAAGCUGUUUGGAACAUUAUAAAAAAAAUUAUACUAAAUUGAAAUAGGUCAACAACUUAAAACUUAAAAUGAAUCCAAUCCACUUUAAUCGAUUUUCAGAUCAACAAAAUCACAAACUAAAAUAUCAAUGAGCAAAUACCAUUUUAAAUUUAAACGUCAAUUACUUAAAAGUGUCACUUUGGUUUGUUCCUUUUUGCGUAAAUACGUCCAUAUAUCAUCAUCAUCAUCAUCAUCAUCAUCAUGAUCAUGAGCGCUUUAAGGAGCUACAGCUUCCAUUUGUUUUUUUGAUGAGAUUUUUUUUAAGGAUAAGUCGGCAAACGAGCUUACGUUUACCUGAUGGUAAGCAGUCGGCGCCGCCCAUGGACACCAGCAACACGAUAAGAGUUACGAGUGCGUUGCCGGCUUUUUGGGGAUAAGUGUUUCGAAUAUUUAAGGAUUGGGAAUGGA